GGAUUCCUGUAAAACCAAGAAGACAUAAUGGCUCCAAAAAAGGGGCUAGUUGGAAAAGACGCCUUUGCUAGAAUGAAUUUCUUAUAUCAAGCUGCAACUUUAUGCUCAUCUUUCUCCUCAAGAGGUUCACAAGAUUUGGCUGCUUAUUAUGGUUCAGUGUUUCAGAAAUGUAGCAAAGAAGGCAGUGGUAAGAGCUGAGCCAGAAAUGAAAAGGAAACUUUGUAAAGGCUGUAAUUCUCUUCUGAUUCCGGGAGACAAUGCCAGAGUUAGACUCAAGAAGAAGCCAGAUCCACGGCUUAUUUGGACUUGUGCGCGUUGUGGAACAAUUAAAAGAUUUGGUGUUAGAAAAGAUUACAAGAUUUGGAUAGAACGCGAAGGUGCAGUGGUAGAAACAAUGACAUUCAGUAAUAAUCCAACAGUUGUUAAAGAAAAGGUUAGUGAAGGAACUGAUGAAAGUGAUGAAGUCAAGAAAGAAGAAUCAACUAAAGAAGAAUUACUUUUUACAUCUUAGUGAAUAAUAGAUUCAAGCAAAUUAAUGUAACAAACUUACAGAGUUGCUUGUGAAAAUAAAGUGGUUAAUGUAUUGUCAUUUGUUUUAGGUUUGUGAAAUUAUUGUUAACCCUUUGUUAUUAUAUUAGUAGAUUAUAUACAUAACAUAAUUUUAAUCAUUGGCCAUAGUAGUCAGUUAAAUUAAAGCUUUUUAACAGGGCUUUUUAUUAACAUGUGGAAAUUUGUAUCUUUGAAUAUUUUCAUUUAGCAGUUGUAUGCAUCGAUAUGUACAUCCUAUUUAUGUUGAAUAUGAAAAAGUGAAUCAAGUUAUAGUACACAUAAAAACGUACACAUACUGUAGUAGUACGUUUUACUAAAUUCAGAGCCUUUCAACCUGAAAGACUGAUUGGUGUUCUUCAAAGUAAAAAAAUCAGUUACUCAAUAAACUAAGAAAAAAAUUGACUGGUUUUCUGAAAUUUGUACUAUUCUGAAAGUAAAACUGAAAACCUUAAUUUGUCUGUUAAAAUUGGAAAUUUGUAAAAUCCCUUGAAUAAAACUAACCAAUGUAAAUACAUGCACACUUCAAACUCGCAUUAACAUUAAAACUCUUAUUAUAUAUUUUCAUUUAAAAGUCAAAAUCUUUGUCAUCCGACCAUAUACUAAGCAUUGAAAAAGAUCCAAUCAAUAUUAU